AUGGCGCUAAGGGAAGGAGCGCACCGGUCUGGCCGACAUGGGCACGCGGCGGGCGAAUCAUCCAAAAAAAGUCGUGAACACAGGAAAAAAAAAGCCGCCACGACGAGGCCGGCGACGACAUCGACCGCCGACGAGAGCCGAGAACCGAGGCGGAAGCGUCGACCAUCAUCGUCACGAAACCUGUCGGCUGGCGCGUUGGCGCAGUUGAACCGAGAAAAUGAUCGGCGGAAGCGCCAGGCAGAGAGAGACCGGCGGAAGCACCACGGCGGCGAGUAUCACGAGGUGGACACGACACCUCGGUCGACGCCGCGAAAACCGCGCAAAAAUCACAAGAGCAGGAAGAAGAGGGUCGUGAGCGGCGCCGUCAUGGAGGAAGGGCGGGCGGGAAGGUCUGGCUUAAGGGGCGGCGGCAGCUGGGGGGAUGUUGAGCUCGAAAAGGAGGAGCUGCAUCGCCGCCACAAGAAAGAAAAGUCCCGGAAAAGGUUGUGGAUGAUGGUUGGAAUCACCAGCGUCGUCAUCAUUGUCAUUGUCGUUGUAGCUGUCGUUGUUGGCAAAAAGAACGGCAGUGACAACGACUCCCCGUCCACAUCCUCUGCACUCAAGGGGAAGGAUCCCAAUCAAGUCCCCGCGCAGUGGAAAAAUACAUAUCUUGACCCAUGGAGCUGGAAGACAACUACAGACUUCAACGUUACCUUUACGGAUCAAAUGGUGGGCGGACUUCCCGUGAUGGGCCUGUUUUCGGAGUGGGACGACUCGGCGAAAGCAAACGACAAGGUGCCAGCGUUGAACGAAGAUUGGGGUCCCUACGGCAGCCGACCUGCGCGCGGAGUGAACCUGGGGGGCUGGCUGUCGCUGGAGCCGUUCAUCACACCAUCUCUCUUCGACUACAAUGUUCAAAUGGGCAUCGUUGACGAAUGGACGCUGUGCCGGCACCUUGGAGAGUCUGCCGCGAGCAACUUGGAAAGCCACUAUGCCUCGUUUGUGACCGAGGACACGUUCAAGGCCAUCGCCGCGGCAGGGCUCGACCACGUACGGAUUCCCUUUUCGUAUUGGGCGGUUGAGGUGUACGACGGAGAUGCAUAUGUGUUCCGAGCAUCGUGGCGGUACCUCCUGCGAGGGAUCGAGUGGGCACGGAAGUACGGCCUCCGCGUCAACCUGGAUCUCCACGGCCUUCCGGGCAGUCAAAACGGCUGGAACCACAGCGGGAGAUGGGGCGCCAUAGGAUGGCUCAACGGCACCGACGGAGCACUCAACGGCAAGAGGUCGUUGGAGAUUCACGACAGACUUAGCCAGUUCUUCGCCCAGGAGCGCUACAAGAACAUACUCACGCACUACGGGCUGGCCAACGAGCCGCGAAUGACGUUUUUGAAGACGGCGGACGUGGUACAAUGGACGGAAGAUGCGUACAAGAUUGUGCGAAGGAACGGCGUCAGGGCGCUGGUCAUCUUUGGUGAUGGCUUCAUGGGUCUCGACAACUGGAAGGGGCUCAUGACGGGCUACGACGACAUGGUGCUGGACGUCCACCAGUACGUGAUUUUCAACGAGAACCAAAUCGUCUUCUCACACCAGAAGAAGAUUGAAUACGCCUGCGAGGGAUGGACCCGACAGACUCUGCAAAGCAUGAACACGCAGACGGGUUACGGGCCGACGAUUUUCGCCGAGUGGUCUCAGGCCGACACGGACUGUGCCAGGCAUCUCACAAACGUCGGCUGGGGCAAUCGCUGGGAGGGCACCCUGGACACGGGAAGCGCGAGCACGUCGGUCCUCACGCCUCGGUGCCCGACCAAGGACAGCAGCUGUUCGUGUGCGCAGGCCAACGCAGACCCGAGCAAGUACGGCGGGCAGUACAAGAAGUUUCUCCAGAUGUUUGCCGAGGCGCAGAUGCACAGCUUCGAGAAGGGCUGGGGCUGGUGGUACUGGACGUGGAAGACGGAGAGCGCGCCCCUGUGGAGUUACGAGGCGGCUCUGAAGGCGGGAAUCAUGCCUAGCAAAGCUCACAGCCGCGAUUUCAACUGCGACUCGGAUGUUCCCGAUUUCGCCAAGAGCGGGCUGGCGGAGAACUACUAA